AUGGCGCUCGGCGGCCGCGUUGCCGUGCCCCGCAGCUACGUGCGGGCGGUGGGACGCGGGCUGCGGAGCGUGCUGCGGCGACAGCCCGGCACACCCGCACUGCACGGUCAGCGCUGCAUGCUAGACGAGGCCCUGCAUCACGCAGCGGCGUUUCAGGAGCGCGCGGCGAGGCGCUGGGCGGCGGCCGCGUUGGGCCCGGCCCAACCUUACUGGCGUCGUCGGCCUCGCCCGGGAGAGGCGGAGGCCGCAGGUGCUGCUGCUCCGCUAACGCUGCAGCAUCUCGCCGGCGUUGAAGCGGUGCCGCCUGACGGCCACGAGGCGGAGGAGGAGGACACGCUGACAUUCGCUGAGAGGCAGCAGGCAAGGCUGCAUGCCGCGCUCCAGCAGUGGGUCUUCUACGCCAGCUUCCGCUGCAACAGAGCCGAGUUUGUCGCGCGGCAAUCGAAGGUGGCGAAGAUACUCCUGCUCGCGCCCUUGCGGGUGACUCCCUCCAGCCACAGCAGCCCUGCGGGAGCGGAGCGCCUGGAGGCCUCCGUGCGGCGCCGUGGUGCACGGGCGUACGUCGACUUACUGGUGCACCAUAAGCUGGCCAUGCAGCGGGAAGGGGAGUGGGCAGCGUUGUGCGAGACGUGCGCCCGUGCACGGGGGGAGCCGCAAGAAAGUUCCGUGGACGCGAGUCAGGCGUCCCGUGUGAUGGCGCUGCCGUUGCUUCAAUCGUCCAGCCCCGACGCGUCGUGGGAGCGAAGCCUCGCGGUGCUUUCCUGGGCGAUGCAAUUCCGCAGCCAUCGCCGGCCGUCCGAGCCGCAGCAGCCGCGCCACAUUUCUUCGGUCGACAUCGCGGCGGUUCUACAGCAGUACGCGCAGCACUUUGGCGAGCGGUUGCCGGGGCUCACGCCCACCGACGACGUCCAGGCCCCACUGGUGCUGGGCGGUGCGGCCGAGCACGCCGUCGUGACGCGGCUGCAGCGGUGGUGGGUGGCGGCGCGUGAGGCGGAACAGCGCGACCCGAAGCUUGCCGAGCUCUGCGGGCUGGAUCGCACGGUGCAGGACCGCAUUCAGGUGGAAGGGCGAAAGGUGACGUUGGCGACGGCCAGCGAGGCAGACGCCGGGGCUGACGCCGCGUUCGCGGAGCUGCUUCUGCAAGGGCGCUGGGAAGACGUCCUGCGCCACGUUGAGCGCGUCGCCGCCGCCGCGCUGCGGCGUCGUGAGGCCGCGGCUGAACGGCAGAAGGAGCAGGCGGGGGAGGAGGACGGGGAUGCAGAUGCAGAUGCCGCGGUGCGCGGGGACGUGGCUGGCGCCCCCGGCGAGGCGCAGGAGGGGCGUCGCUGCACCAGCGGGGACACCGCCGUGUCCGACGUUCUGGCGACGUUCUUCAACCGACCGCGUCCCCUCGUCGUGAAGGGGAAGUUGUGGGUGCACAGCACCGCGGCACGUCUCGGACGCGCCCCGCAUGCGCUGCUCACCGCAGCCGAGACGCCGGCCGAGGCGGAGCUGCUGCGUCGGCCGCCCACCGCAGGGCUCCACGCGCGUCGUGGCCUCCCCAAGGCGCGUGGGAAGGUCCAAGGUAAAGGAGGCACCGACAACCCCCCCGCUGCCGCGCUGGUAGAGCUGCGCCGCAAGAUGUGGAUCCACUCUCAGCUUCCACGGCAUGUGCCACACUCAAUCGUGCGGUUUGAGGGCGCCGGUGCGGCCAUGCUGCCGUACGUCUGGCGCGCCCCCGCGAAGGAGCUUGCCGCGUGGCUCCUGCUCAGCACCAUUGCCGCCGCUGCAGAAGGGCAGCAGCUGGGCGGCGUAGAGGAUGUGCUGCAUCGGGUCCGCAUGCAGACGCUUUACACACUCUUCUCCCCUGUCCCGUACUACGCGGCGUUUCAGGAAUAUACCUCAGGCCUGCUCAUUCAGCUGGGCAAUCUUUUGGCGCCGCCGGCUGUGAUGCGUGUGGCGGUGCGCGCGCUUUUGCGUCCACCGUCGCUCCGACACUUCUACGACGUACGGAAGCGGCGACGGAUUCCAGUCGAGGUUGCUUGUCGUCGCCUGUGGUGGGGGUCGCUGGAGGAGGCAGUGGACGCGGAGGACGGGGCGGUGACAGGCUCCGCCCUUUCGCAGUCUGCCGCCCGCACACUGGGGCAGCUGCGGCGCGACCCUGACGCACUGAAGGAGUUCGUCGUGUGUAAGGCCGCCAGUCUGCGCAACUAUCACGUCUCCACAUGGAUUGAGAGCUGCAGUAAGGUGGAGACACUGGCGGGGCUGCUGGACCUCCUCGUGCGGGAGACGAACAUGUACGGGCCGCCGGUUCUCGCCCCUGAGGCGGCGGCCGCGCUGCUCACGGCGGUGCUCCUCCUCCUCCUUCGCCCCCACCUCCCGUGCGACUCCGCAGCUGGCGAAGAGGAACAGACCGUCGCCGCCGCCACAGACGCGCUGCGGACGCUUGGCGUUGUGUACUUCGCGGUGCCUGCCGAGCGGGCCCAUGGUGCGGCGCCGUACUUCAAGGGCGUCUACCACGAGCGCUACAUCGCCGCAACCCCCCUGGAUUGGGCGGCGGCGGCGGGGUGGAGCGGGGCGGAGGCGCUGCUGGUGGGCCGCUCGAUUCGCCGCACAACGAAGUACCCCACGACGACCACAGAGACGUUUUUUCGCGUCGCGCGACCGCAGCGGGGGCCCUACCGCGGCGCGCACUGCCCGACGGUCUCGUGCCGCGUGCCGGAGCUGCGACUGCGCCUCAUGACCGUCGACCUCCUCGCGGCAGCGGGGUACUUCGCGGAGCAACGGCAGAAGCAGAGCGCGGAGGUGGCGGCGGCGCCCGACGCCCAGCCCGGCAUUGUCGCGCGCCACCUGCCGUUUGGCGUGGUGGCGGUGCAGAAGCCGGCCGGGAUGAGCACGACGCUGCACGCGGCAUACCCGCACCUCGUCAAUUUUCUCGCCCGGUGCGUGCCGUGGAGGGGCGGCGACGUCCCCGUGCUCUUCCAGCACGGCCUUGUCAACCGCAUCGACGUCGGCACGAGCGGGCUGGUGCUGGUCACCGAGACGGAGCCGUCGCUGGUGGCGACGCGGCGCGCAAGCGUCGUGGACCGGCGCGUGGAGAAGACAUACCGGGCCCUUGUGCUGCACUGCCCCCCGCCGGCGUCGCGGCUGGGACGCGAGGAGUUUUGGUACCUCAACCCCAGCGGCGUCAUCACAGGAGACGUCUUCGCCAACGGCGCCGACUACGCCCUGCAGCUCGCGGCCCAGGAUGGCCAGCGAGGGCGAGGACUGCCGCCGGCGUCCAUGGACCGGCGUCCGGCGACAACGGUGUACCGUGUGCUGCGCUACUACCCCGCCAGUGGGGUGUAUGACGUGGAGGUGCGGCUGCGCAGCGGACGCCGGCAUCAGAUUCGGCAGCACUUUGCCCAGCUUUGCCAUCCGCUGCUUGGCGAUGCUCGCUAUCACGCGCGGGCGAAGGCGCUGGGGGAGCAGAUGGGGCUGCAUCGCCUCGCGCUGCACGCGUCCCGAAUUACGCUCCUGCCGCCUCCAGCAGCUGCUGCACGGCAGGCGCUCGUCGACGCGGCACAUGCCUGGGAUGCGAACUCGGAGAAGACGGUCGUAGAGUGCCCGCUGCCGGACGACAUGCGGCGCGCGCUGCGUUGGCUGCAGGAGCGGGAGGAGAAGCGAGGAGGCGGGGGGGGCUCCAUGUAG